AUGACGGCGCGCGCGUUUCCCGGAGCCCGUUCUGGCGGUCGGGCGCGAGGCCCCAUCCGCCCGACCCAGCGAGCGGCUGUUCGCUCGGCGUCCGCGCAGCCACAGACGCACUCCGCGGCUGGCAGGACGGCCUCUCGCGCCAGCGCCUCGCGGCACCAUUCUGAUGGCUGUCCGUCUGAAAUGGCAAUUGGGAACUUCGUGCGGCGCGAUAUGAACGCCGCCAGUGCAAGAGGACGCCGGAAAUAUUUACAGCUCUCACAGCCCGGCUGCACUUCACCCACGACCCCGAAUCCGUCCCCGCCCCUCCCAGGCCCGGCCCCGCCCCCAUUGGCCUUCGUCCGCAUGGGCGCCUCCGGACGGCCGCCGCCGCCCCCGCCGCUGCGUCAGCUCGGUUUCAGCUGA